AUGGAACGAUUUUGUCCAAACGAAUGCUGCGUUUGUAAAUCCGCCAACAAUAUAAAAAGAUGCGCCCGUUGUCAGAUGAUAUCCUAUUGUGGAAAGGAUCAUCAACAUGAGCAUUGGAAAUACCACAAGGACAUUUGCAAGAUCAUAUAUAAUAUGAUGAAAGAAGAAAACGUAUCUCAUCUCUUCGAAAAGCUGCGUGGUUCGGAUUUACCGAACUGGAUUGAAAGAAGAAUUCAAAUAGCUGAGCAAGUUGAAGAAAAAUUGGGUAGAUCCUUGCGCCGGGAGGAGCUUGGAAUGUUCAAAUUUCCACGAGUUUGUUUCGUUUGCCACGACACCAGACCAGAAAAACUGAACAGAUGUCUUGGCUGUUCAGCAGCGAACUUUUGCAGCGAGCAUCCCUCGAGCCUAAUCCAUGAUAGAGUCUGUUCAAUACUGAAAAAUCGUAUUGAUUGGGUAAUAAAAAAUCAUGAAUGGGAUCCUGUCGAUGUAAAACCAGCCAUCGCGGCAAUUGGAUCAGGAACAAUAUUUCCAAAAUCUGGAGACUCACCCACCUCCAUGGGAGAAUUCAUGAAUUUAUAUACUAAGCCUAAAAUUGAACUUUCAGAAAAACUGAAAAACUAUCUAACGGAAAUGUUCACAAUUUCAUUAACGCUGUUUAGCGCUCUGCAAACUUUAAGUGAUCCUCCAUCUUCUGAAAUAGUUCUGCAUGUCGACGCUGGCAGCUUUGCUCCAUUGUCUGCGAUUUUUUUAGGAAAUUAUUGGGAAGUGCUGCUACACCUUCUUCCCAACACAAAGAUUCUGAAGAUUGUUCAUCCCGAGGCGCCGAGGACUCAUAAAGAGGAGAUUCCUCUUUGUAAGAAAUGUCGUUGCAGGAAGCGAAGAUUGUUCGUAGAGGCCCAUUUGAUUCCUUACGAACGAUAUUUACAGCAACCUGACUACCAGAAACCAAACAUACUUGCAUAUUUGAAUGUCGAUCCACCAGAAAAAUAUGAUUAUGUUCGACAGAUUUGGGAAAGGAGAUUCGUGAGAAUGAGCAAAGUCACUUGCCCUAUGCUAAUGACAACUCUAACGGAACGAGGAGCUUUUCUAGUCAGGGAAAUUAUAACAACUUCUACUACCAAUUUUGUGAUCAUCCACGAUGGAUACAAUAACUUUGCCCCACAAACUUAUAUCAAGGAAUUUGAGGACGGAACUCUUCGUCGGAAUUCUCAGUAUAUGAUUGUCUUCCAACAUCAAGAGGCUGAGUUUGUCGUUCUCCUAAUCCGAAAGUAA